UUUCAGUGCCCUAUAAAUGCAACCCCGAGCCACAUGGGAUUCAGUGAUAUCCCAAGUGACAUCCAUUUACCCAUCAUCACAAUAUGGCCACCUUUAAACCGCUCCUCCCACCCCGAGCUGUCCCACGCGACCGUGGCGAUGGCCCGACUCCCCUGCCCGACUCCGCGGGCUCUUUCUCGCCUAUGGUUCGCGACAACCUCACCCUCUCCUCGUGGCUCCUCCUAGGCGGGCUCGUGCAAGGCUGUGCAUUUCUACUGCUGGGUUCCCUCUCCCUGCUUCCGACCGCGGCGAUCCUCCUCUACAGAACCAUCGACCAUCUGCUGAUGGCCUGCCACCUGACCCCCAACCGGUAUUUGGCAGGAUCCAUCCCUAUCAAGCGCAGUGCUCAGUAUCCCCGGCCCGAUGGCAGCUUUGGCAGUGAACCGGCGGGCGAGUCUAUCGUGGUCUUCCAUUUGGGUGCACGCUGCCACCAUCCUCUCGGGCUACUCGCCCCAGGCAUGAAGGAAUUGGGCGACAGCGCCGAUAAGAUGCGACGGGACAUGCGCGCCAACCCUGUCAAGUACGGUCUAUUGGGCUCCUCGCACUGGCUGAAGAGCGACAGUGCAGCGGGUAAUGAGUCCAUGACCGUCUUCUACCUCCGCGACUACGCUGCUCUCCAUCAGUUCGCCCACGAUGAGAUCCACAUGGAAGGGGUGCGCUGGUGGGCUCGCAUCGCAAAGGACCAUCCGCAUCUGGCCAUUUACCAUGAAACCUACCUGGUGCCGCGCGGAAACUGGGAGAAUAUUUACAUUAAUGGCUGGCCGACGGGGCUGGCCGAUACCUGGUUUCCUGUGCAGACUCAGGCUGACAAGGAGAAGAAUACCGGAGUGGUUGAGCAAUGGGUGCGACCGUUGGUUGAUGCGCGUGACGGUGCCUUACGGUCGGCCAGUAAGCGGCUGCAGUUGACACGCUUGGAGGGUCGUGAGAAGGAGCACGAUGAUAUGUAUAACCAACCUGAGGGCCUGUGAUCGGCAGCUACAAGAUUAUCACCGCAGGAAUUCUCAUGCACCUCUCCUCUCCACAUUUGUGAUCUCUUCGAUUUAGCGAUUUUCUAUCGUAAUCCCAUGAUGUGCACUGAAUCUGUCUCCCACUGCUUCGCCCGUAUCCUUAAUCCCCCAGGAAGAAACUAGAGCGGACUAACUUCCUUCGAGCCUGCUGCGGUGGUGUUAGUGGCCGCGCUAGACGGCGGAUGUCUGGAUGCCAAUCAAUCACAUUGCAGACAUUUUGGGUCCGACCACGAUCCGCUGGCCUAUCCUCUGCUAGCCACGUUAGUUUUUCUAGGCGUGACUCGACCUUUUGGUUCCCCUGGCGUAUCGCCAGGACUCUGAAACAGCAAACCCCCGAUUGAGCCUCCCCGUCGAUAGGAGCAUGGACAAUCCCAACACACUGGUACCAUUCCGUUCGGAAUCUAUGCGCCGUCGAUCCGGUUGCAAGAGAUCGAGAACCGGAUGUCGCACUUGUCGG